GCCGGUGUCCCACAGUUUGCAUUCAUCACUCGUCCAGGCCAGUGUGUUGUGUGUUCUCUUGGUUGUUGGGCAACACCUCAAUUUAUUGACCAGUCUUCCCAGGAGAUCAUCAACUUUGCAAAUGGACUCAAGAGUCAAACAAGUCAAAUGCACACGAGUUUCUUGAGUGACACCCCCAACAAGAGUUAAUUGCGGAAAUUGUGUGUGUGUGUGGGUGUGAGAGGAAAGUGGACAACCAAAACGAGAACCGAGGACAUCUCACACGGUGUGCUCUAAUCCCGGAGAAUAAGUGAAUUCCAAAGAGACGAAUCAGGGAUACAGAGAAAUAUGUCUGCAGCAACAUUGAGUGCAUCAACGUCUAGUCAAGCGGCGACAUCGCUCAGCACUAGGAAACGACCAAGGGAUGCGUCCUUUGCGGCGUCAAUUGAUCAGGGACUGCAUCAGGCGCUGUCCACCAAGCUGAAUGUGCACAUGGCGCAGGAGAGUGCUGCCCAGAGGGAGGCUGCAGCCGCCGCGACCAGCCAGCAGAAUGGCAGCCAUCCGGCGGCAAUGGACGAGGAGGCGUCCGGGAACAGAAUUGAGCACAUGACAAUUUGCAAGCCGGCCCCCUUCUCUACGGAUCCAGAAGCGUGUCUGGAGCGCGAGAUGUGUGACUACAGUAUCAAGAUAACGUACAGCAUGGCACGAAGUGGCAAGGCACCGCGACGCGUGCGUGUGUAUGCGGACGGCAUUUAUGAUCUCUUCCAUCAGGGACACGCCAGACAGCUGAUGCAGGCCAAGAACGUCUUUCCCAACAUCUACCUUAUCGUGGGUGUUUGCAGUGAUGAACUCACGCACAGUCGAAAGGGACGAACCGUGAUGAACGAUCGCGAGCGCUAUGAGGCUGUGCGACAUUGUCGCUACGUGGAUGAGAUCAUCUCAGAUGCACCAUGGGAGAUAUCUGAUGAGUAUUUGGAGAAGCACAAGAUUGACUUCGUGGCGCACGAUGAGAUCCCGUACGGCGCUGAGGAUACCAACGAUAUCUACGGACCACUGAAGCAGCGCGGAAUGUUUGUGGCCACCGAGAGGACUGAAGGUGUGUCCACGUCUGAUAUCGUGGCGCGCAUCGUGAAGGACUAUGACAUCUAUGUGCGUCGGAAUUUGGCGCGUGGCUAUUCAGCCAAGGACCUCAAUGUCUCCUUUCUCAAUGAGAAGAAAUUCCGGCUGCAGAACAAGAUGGACGAGCUGAAGGGAAAGGCGAAGGAGGUGAAGGGGGACAUUCUGCGCUCGUGGGAGGAGAAGUCACGAGACUUCAUCGAGACAUUCUUGCUGUUGUUCGGACGCGAGCGCCUGUCGAAUAUUUGGAAUGAGUCAAAGGGGCGAAUAAUGCAGGCAUUUAGUCCACCCGGGAGUCCCUCUGGAUCCGUCAAUGGGGAUGACGAUGAUCCUGAACAGGGUGACGACUCCCUGCCGAGUUCACCACCGACUAAGAAGCGUGCUCAGCACUUAUAUCGUCGCCCAAAUGACUUCUCCGACUCGGAGGAGGAUGGGGACAUGGAAGGGCAUUAGUUUUAAUCUUCUCCCCGCACUCUCCCUCCCCACAUGUAUUGACACUAAAUGUCUCGGUCAUUUUCUCAUUUUAUCCACCCUCCGGGACUUUUUUCUCCUUUCCAUUUAGACGCAUUAUAUAUCCAUUCGUUCUCACGCAGCGUCCAACAUGUGCACAAAUCGCUGCGUCUCAACCAAAAUUUACACUCGGUUACAAGUUACUGCUUAAAAAAAAGAAAAAGGAAUAUGAUUAUUUGAUAUAUGAAUGUAAUUCGAUGAAGCAUAGAAAUGAUAAAAUAAAAGAGAGAGAAGAUAAAUUAGAAAUGUUUGAUUAGACUUAAUUGAUACUAAAGUAAUUUUGACAGUUGUAGUAAAAGUUUAAGCGUGAUUUUAGCUGAGAAUAAAAGACAUUCUAAACUAGAUGCGAGCGAAGAAAGUGCUAAAGAGAAGUAGAGUAACAGCGAAUCCUUAACCUGGAGAAGGCGUGUAUUUUUGUUAACGAAAUUCUUUUUUUAAAAAAUUACAUGUAUUUAGUGCGAUGAGGAGAGCAUGAGAGUCGGAUAAACUGUCUUUAGAAUGCAACACAACAAUAUGAUUCCUCUUUUUGUAGGUGUAAUAUUUUUAGUAAAGAUGAAGAUUGUAAUAAUUUAUUUGUUGUACCCGAAAAGGAAAAAAAAAGAUGUAGAAACACACAUAUUUUGCUAAGUUAACAUUCUUUGCCUCUGAGAGCUUUCCAAAGUAGCCCACGAAAGAUGAUAAAAAAGCGAGGCCUUCACAAAAUCUAAAACGGCAGUUCAUGAUGUAUUCGCAUUGAAAUUGAUCAAUUUCUUAAAUGCAUAAAUUGGUAAUCUCUUCAAUUAUGCGUUCAGUGCGUAAUUGAAAAAACAAAUAUUAAGUGUUUUGUGAAAAUUGUAACGAAAAAGAAAAACAUGGCAAGAAAAUUGAAAUAAAACUCCAUGAACUGUGUUUGGAAGAAGUAAAAAUAGUGAAAAAUAAAAUAUUUUCUCAAAAUUUAUAUGGUUUCCUAAUUACUCUCAGUGUACUUUUCAAUGGGCGUGAUUAUCCUGCUUCUUACAACGGAAGAGAAGCAGGAAAAAUAAUUCCCAGUGAAAUAUAUUCUGUAAACUACAGACUCGUGAUGAGAAUCAUGAAAUGUUUCAACGAGCUUCACCUAUAUAAUUUCACAUUGAGGCUACUUUAUUAUACUGAGUGCAACUGAUGUAAGUGAAGUUGUUGUUUUUGUAGCAAUUUGCGAAAAUCUUAAUAAAGUUUUCUAAAAAGAAUGACUAGCAUAAAUUUUAUGGAUUGAAAAUUAUAAUUUUCUUGAGCUUUUUUCUUUUGCUUCAAAGGCGAAUUUUUGUUGAGAGAUUUGUUAAGUUUAUUUGAAUAUUUAUAGUACCGUUUAAACAAAUUUUUUUUUAAAGGAUAUUGAAA